AUGUCCAUCCCAACCACCACCCUCACCCGCUCCCUCCGUCGCCUCCCUCGCUCCCUCCCCCCCCCGGCCCGCUCUCUAACCCCCCUCCUCCACCCUCGCCACUACCACGACCCCACAGCCCCCUCCCCCGCCCCCUACCCCCCCACCGAAACCGCCAUCCUCACCGCUUCCCUCCUCCGCGUCCCCACCUCCGGCUUCACCCCGACCACCCUCACCCUCGGCGCGCGCGACGCGGGCUUCCUCGACGUGUCGACGAACUUGCUGCCGAACGGCGUUUUUGACUUGGUGUUGUUUCAUCUGGCGACGAGGCGGUUGGCGUUGCGGAGUGAGGUGCAGUUUGUGGAGGGGGAGGGGGAGUUGGGGGUUGGGGAGCGGGUGAGGGGCUUGUUGUGGGCAAGGUUGAGGGGGAAUGAGGCGGUGGUGGGGAGACUGCAUGAGGCCCUCGCAAUAAUGGCCCAACCCACCCACAUCCCCGCCUCCCUCACCGCCCUCUUCACCCUCUCCUCCGACAUCCUCCACCUCGCCGGCGACACCUCCCUCGAUACCGCCUGGUACACGAAGCGCGCGUCCACCGGCGCGCUGUACGCCGCCGCGGAGCUCUACCAGACGCAGGACCAGAGUACGGACUUCCGCGACACGGCACGGUUUCUGGACGAUCGGUUGGAGGAGCUGCGAGUGGGUGGGGAGGCGCUGGGGGAUGUGGGGGAGUGGGUGGGGUAUGCGGGGAGGAAUUUGGUGAAUGUAAUGAGGAGUCGGGGGGUGAGGGUUUGA